GAUCGUCUCCGAUAGAAGUUCGCCACACGCACGCAGAUGUCAGCAGAGUUUCUCAAUCUGUCACUUUGCCUGCUGGAGCUGCAUGGAGGAAGGAAAAAGACCGCAGCCGUGACCUUUUUCACAACUCCCGUGGACCGUCUUCCGAUGAAUACUCCACCCGAGAGCGUAUCGUUCCGUCCUCUGUGCCGUGUCGCCUUUUAGCCGUGUUUUCCUGGCAUUUGACAGUCGCGCGUGUCAGAAGUUACGAUGCUAACAGCCGCUAGCUGCUGCGGCUGAUGCUACUUUACGUAGCACCUUGGAAAACAAACCCAGAGUGCAGACUUUUGAUAGGAGCGGCGUUUUAUCUGCUCUUGAUUUGGCUUAAAAAAAAACUGAGCGGCGUUAUUUUUUUUCCUCUCUCUCUCUCCCGGUUUUGCCCGCCGCUGAAAACCCGCUGACAGACAUGGGGCUACACCCGCUGGAGUUCAGUGAAUGCUAUCUGGACAGCCCCGGAUUCAGGGAGAAGAUCAAGGCGCACGAAGCGGAGCUGGACAAAACCAACAGGUUCAUCAAGGAGCUCUACAAAGACGGAAAGAACCUCAUCAAUGCAACCAAACAGCUUGGGAUGGCACAGCGAAAGUUUGCCCAGUGCCUGGGAGAGUUUCAGUUUGAGUACAUCGGGGAUGCAAAGACAGACGACGAGAAGUGUAUCGAUGAAUCUUUGCAAGAGUUUUCCUCAUUCCUCAAAAACCUAGAAGACCAAAGAGAGCUCAUGAUGAGAAAUAUCACAGAAACCUUAAUGAAACCUCUGGAAAAGUUCAGGAAGGAGCAGCUCGGCACAGUGAGGGCGGAGAGAAAGAAGUUUGAAAAAGAAACAGAGAAGUACUACAGCUCUCUGGAAAAGCUUCUGAAUAUGUCAGCAAAGAAGAAAGAGCCGCAGCUCCAAGAGGCAGACACCCAGGUGGAAACCAUGAGGUUGCACUUUCAGGAGGAGUCUCUGGACUAUGUGUGCAAACUGCAGGAGAUCCAAGAGAGAAAGAAGUUUGAGUGUGUGGAACCGAUGCUGGCUUUCUUUCAGACAGUCUUCACCUUUUAUCAUCAAGGUUUUGAGCUGGCCAAAGACUUCGAUCAUUAUAAGAGAGCCCUGCAGAUCAACAUUCAGAAUACAAGGAGUCGUUUCGAGGGCACACGUUCGGAGGUGAACGAGCUGAUGAAGAGGAUCAAGGAGGCGCCCCAGGAGUACAGACAGACCAGCGCCAUCAGCUGUGAAGGCUACCUCUAUGUACAGGAGAAACGGCCGCCUCCUUUUGGUUCAAGUUGGGUCAAACGCUACUCCACUUUCGUCAAAGAGCAAAAGAUCCUCCAUAUGGUCACUUUUGACCACAGAUCUGGUGGAAAAAUCGGUGAGACAGAGUCUGUCACGCUUAAAUCCUGCCUCCGCAAAACGACAGACACGUUGGACAGGAGGUUUUGCUUGGAUCUCGACAUAACAGAUCGACCGGGAACAGUGCUGACAGUACAGGCCUUGUCGGAGGAUGACCACAAGUUUUGGAUGCAGGCCAUGGGUGGGAAGGAACCUAUUGGACACUACCUUGGGAGAGCGUUAUCUAAAGAAAGAGGCAUUGAUGCUCAGUUGGAUGAAGUGGGGUUGAGUUUUGUGAAGAAUUCCAUCAGUGCAAUAGAGACAAGAGGUAUUAACGACCAGGGCCUGUACAGAGUGGUGGGAGUAAGCUCCAAAGUUCAGAAGCUCCUCUCGCUAAUGAUUGAUGAGAAGAGCAAUGAAGUGGAUCUGUCUGCCAGCGAAGACUGGGACGUUAAGACAAUAACGAGCGCACUGAAGCUUUACCUGAGGAGCCUUCCUGAGCCAUUGAUGACCUAUGGACUUUACAAAGAGUUCAUCAGCCCCGCAAAGGGCGGUAGUCCUGAGUCUCGCAUCCAAGCCGUCCACUGCCUGGUCCACAAACUACCGGAGAGGAAUCGACAAGUCCUCGGGCUGCUUAUGAAGCAUCUGGCCAAUGUGGUGGCCCACAGCAAACACAAUCUGAUGACCGUGGCCAACCUGGGCGUGGUGUUCGGCCCCACAUUAAUGAGGCCUCAGGAGGAGACUGUUGCAGCUAUCAUGGACCUCAAGUUCCAAAACAUUGUGGUCGAAAUCCUCAUUGAGCAUCAUGAAAAGAUCUUCACAGAUGCUCCCGAGUCGUGCCCUGUUGCUCCUGCUGCCCCAGUAUUCUCUGCUCCCACUCGGCAGUCCAAGAAAAUGAAUCGGCAGAACCGGCCUUUGGCAGUCUACAAUCCACAAGCUCUUGACAUUCAGAAUGUGUCUGCAGUGGGAGAUAGUUCCAUCCUUGCGACAGAUGAGACCUCAAUGGGAAGCAAUGAGUCUGUAUCAUCCCAGUCAUCAUCAGCCUCGGCUCCAGAGACGCCUGUAGAGAGGACAGACCAUCCUCCGCUCGGCACCAGCCUCAGCUCAGGCAGCAAUUCCAGAUCCCCAGCAGCAGCACCACCUCGUUGUGCUCCUGGAGCCUCGGGAGAGAACCUGCCGGCUGUCACCACAGCUUCUCCUGAAAAGGAUAAACCAGAUGAGAAUGUCACCAGCAGGAAAGCCAAGGCAGUGUACCCAUGUGAGGCUGAGCACGACUCGGAGCUCUCCUUCCAGGUCGGCACAAUAUUCAACGCUGUGACCCACUCGAGGGAGCCUGGAUGGCUGGAGGGGGAGCUGGAAGGGAAGAGGGGCCUCAUCCCUGAAAACUACGUGGAGUGGCUGUAGAAUCACAUGGAAAUAUUUAUGGACUUUAUCUUCAUUUGUUUUUUUUUUUUUUUUUUUUUUAAAUAUGCCAAGAUAAACGUGCCUCAACUUGAUUCACAGUAGAUUCGUGUUUAUGCAACAAUCCAAACCCUCUUAUCUGAAUGACAAUGCCGUUCAUUGUGAAUGGCGAUCUGGUUUAGACGUAUAGGUUCAUGCAGUUUGGCUGGUAAGUUUAUCAUGCAUGUGCACGCAGGUUGUUUUGAAUUUUGCUCCGGUUAAAGUGUUCACACAAACUUCGUCGUUUGAAUUGCAAUAGUGGGAUUGCGUUCACAAUGCCACGCUGUAUGUGGAAAAUGCGGCAGCCUCGACGCGGUAGCAGCACCGGAGCGUCUGCCUGAGCUCACUCUCUCCUCUGCCCAGUUAUACAUGGUAUCCAUGAGCUCAAAGUCAAAGGGAGACUCUCAGAAACUGUAAGGAUGAAUGUAAGCACCGCACGCCGCCGUGGCUUUUCACCCCCUUGACAAUGAUGCAGACUAGUUUUGUCCUCAGCUGUUGAAAAAAAGAUUGAAGAUACCUGUGUGCCUUAACCAUCCAGACCCCCUCCUGGGCGAAACGUGUACGGGUAUGUAUGACAACGAAUCAGAGUGUCACUGCUUUAGCUUUUGAAAUGUUUUAUGAAUAUCUAGAUAUUGAAAAUGAGGCACAUCGCUGACUGUAAUUUUAUUUAAUUGGCGCAUUGCUUGCAUGUUUUGCAUGUUUUAUGAGUUUGGAACACACACACUGUUUUGUCGGUGGUGCACUCCUUUACCUAAACGCAGUGAGACAUUUCUUUUGUUGCACUGUUGCCCUGACCCCCAGCUUCAGACUGUGCCAAAGAAGAAAUAAAAAAAAAAAAAGGGUGAUUUUCGCUGGAUUGAAACAAA